AUGAAAGCUGUGUGCGCCAGAUUUGGAGUACCUGAUGAACUAGUCUGUGACAAUGGACCGCCAUUUAAUGCCGCGAAAUUCAAAGAGUUCCUCACCAGCUGGGACAUCGCCUACAAUCCCAGCUCACCCUACUACGCCAGAUCGAAUGGACUUGCUGAAAGAUCCAUUCAGACCAUAAAGCACGCACUUCAGAGGGCUGUAGAAGAUGGAAAAGACCUCUUUGUUGUGCUUAUGUAUGCUAGAAGCACUCCCAUGGAUGGACUGAAGUCGCCUGCAGAGCUCCUAAUGGGCAGAAAAAUCCGCACACUGGUCCCGAUGAAUCCAACUCAACUGCAGCCCCACUACAACUGCACCGAGGCCCAAUCUCGUCUACAUUUUCGUCAGGAACGGCAGCAUCGGCAUGGGGAUAAGAGAACCAAGCCCUUGGUUGCACUUCAGAAAGGCCAGAAAGUGUGGUUUCAGCACUGUGGCAAGUGGACACCAGGCUACAUUAAUUAUGUGGGACCCCAGCACCGCUCAUACGUUGUGAUGACACCGGAAGGGCACCAUGUAUAG